UUCCACUGCCGCUCGCUUCCGCCCCUUGCAGCGCGGCUCGUGGACUCGAGUGGCGUUGUAGUCUGCCAGUGCAGUCGUCGACAUGAGCGCCUCUCUGCUCGCACCACUCAGGACUCUACCCGUCCGUGCCAUCGGGGUCGCCGCCAGGUUGGGAGGCAGCGGCGGGGCCCCCGCUUGUACGGGGCUUCGGACGUACUGUCAGCGAAUGUCGCAGCUCUCCGGUCUCGUCUUCAGGCAGCUGUUUGAGCCUGUAAGCUGUACCUACACCUACCUGUUGGCCGAUGUCAAGACUAAGGAAGCAGUUCUGAUUGACCCAGUUCUAGAAACGGCUGAAAGGGAUGCUCAGUUGGUAAAGGAACUUGGCCUCAAAUUGAAGUAUGCAGCAAACACCCACUGCCACGCUGACCAUAUUACUGGCACAGGGCUCCUUAAGAAAAUGCUGCCCGGUUGCAAAAGCAUUAUCUCUAAGCAUAGUGGAGCUAAGGCAGACAUCACCAUUGACGAGGGGGACACCAUCAAGUUUGGAAAAUUUUACCUGGAUUCACUUUCUACUCCAGGACACACAGAUGGGUGCCUGACAUUUGUGCUGAACGACAAGAGCAUGGCUUUUACUGGAGAUGCGCUGCUGAUUAGGGGUUGUGGUCGGACAGAUUUUCAGCAAGGUUCACCAAAUAAAUUGUACCAGUCAAUCCAUCAAAAGAUUUUCACGCUCCCUGGUGAAUGCCUGGUAUAUCCUGCUCAUGACUAUACAGGUAGCACUGUCUCAACAGUAGAUGAGGAAAAAAGACUAAAUCCACGUCUUAUCUUGAAAGAGAAGGAAUUUGUCUAUGUCAUGAAUAAUUUGAAUCUUCCUAAGCCAGACCAAAUAGACUUUGCAGUUCCAGCCAAUCUCAUGUGUGGUGUCCAGGACAAGUAAUGGGCCAAGUUUCUUCAACAGCAAUUUAAAGUGAACACAUUUUUAAGUAUGUGGUGCCAGAGAGAAAAUGGGGAAAUCAUUUUGUUUAAUCGGUUCUAUACUUUAAAAAAAAAUUUGUUUCUUAUUCUCUUUCACUAGAAAAAAAGCCUUUUUAAAAACAGAGUUCAGAAGCUGGCACAAUUUUCUUUCUGUAUCUGUGUGCCAUUUGAAGCAGUUCUUGUUCAGUUUUUGUUCUAAAGACUAGCUUAACUAAAUUCUGCCUUCAUGGGGGCAGCUUUGGUUUUAUGUGCAGAAAACAAGCAGCUUGCUGUCCCCGGGACUGAUGGGGUCUUAGCUUUGCUGUUCAGGCAUUAAGGGGUUUCACUUGCCACAAUGCUGCUGAUUAAGUAAGAAGCAUCACUAGUUCACUAAUCGUUACACAAAAUCACUGAGGAAUUCUGAAAAUAUUACAAAGUCUAAUCUGGCCAUGAUUAGUAUUUUAAAUAUUAUUCAUCUGGCAAUGAUUAUGGGGUGAAUUAACACGUCACAGCAUUUCACUGGAGCACAGCAAUGCCUUAGGAGUCUAAAAUGUAUUUAUACAAUUAAAGUCCCAUCGUUCAAGCAAAUCACAGCUCUUGGGUACAUGAAGUGAAUUUAUGUGAAUUGUUUAUUGUCUCAUGAAGGCGUUAUUAUAAAAUGUGACCAAUUAUGGGAGACAUCCCAGUAGAUGAGUGCAGUUAAGAACACACAGCAGCAUGAAGAGAAAACCCGCUGAGCUCAACAAAAGACACAUCUCAUGAAAUGACAACGAUCACAUUGUUAGUGUUUUCAGGUGAGCUAGCCACGUAAUAAUCACCAAUCGGUUUUAUAUUCUGGGACUUUGGGGGAAUGUUUUCUGAAAAAUUAAACAAAUACACAAAUAAAUAAAUGUAUCAUGAAAUAUGACAAUAAAUAAAUAACAA